UAAUAAUCCGUAGACCGUAGUCGAUCCGUAAUCCCGUAUGUAAACGAAUUGCCGUAAUGUGUUGAAUAUAGAACGUGUUAGCCAUCUGAACAAUUUUCUCUCGAAAAGACACUGCAACAAACUCAGAGAAAGAAAACAGCCUUAUCUUCUUCCCGAUCUCCCCCACCCCACCGCUCAAAUAAGCCACAUACAUAACUAAUCCCCAUAUCCCAAACACUAGUAGUUUAUACUUUAUUCCUCCCCCCAAAAAAUCUCCCACUUUCUAGCUUACAAAUUACCAAAUUAAAUCAAACAAUCAAAAUUCAACUCCAAUUCUAAUUUUGCUUCGCUCACGUACUGCUCACCUCCAUUUACUUCAUUUAUCGUCUCUUCUCGUUAACUGUGUGUCACUGAAAGAUAGACAGAUCGACAUUUUUCUCAAGGAAAUAUACAGUCCGUUAAUUAUUUCCUAACUGUAUUUAUAACGGUGAUCGAUAUUUAUAUUUCCACUUUUCCUCUAGUACUUUCCUCAAUAUAAGUACUAGUGUUUGUUUUCUUGUUUUGAUUAAUAUUUUUGGAUGAAGUGCAAAUUACCAAAAUUAGAUAGCCAGCUACUAAGCUUUUAAAGCAAAGUAUUGUAGAUAUCUAAGGAUGAACAACUACUAUGUUCCGGAUUUCGAAAUGGAAGACGACCAACAACACUUGAAUCCUAACUCCUCUGCCAUCGCCCGUCCCAAGGUAAACGACGACGAGAUUCUUGAGCUGUUAUGGCAAGAUGGCCAAAUUGUAGCACAACCUCAAAACCAACAAAAAUCUCAAUCACCAUCUACUACGCAAAAUCAGUAUCAAAAUGAUCAGCAGCAGCAGCAACAACAACAACAACAACAGCAACCGCAGCAACAACACCUUUAUAUGGCGGAAGACGAGAUGGCGACAUGGCUUCAUUACCCUAUGGAAGACUUGUACAGUGAACUAUACCAGGCACCUCCGCCUCCACCGGUAGCUACCGUAAGCCAACAGCAGGUGGUUCGACCACCUCCUGCUUCUACUGCUUCGUCUGUCAGGCCUCCACCUGUUCCUCCAUCACCUAGGGUGACGAAGAACUUUCCGAUGUUCUCGAAGAUGCGAGGGAAGGAUCCUGAGGUGUCAUCAAGCAAGCCAGGAUUGACGGUGGUGGAAUCAAACACGACACCGCCAGCGCUAACGACGAUGAAGAGCAUAGGGGAAGUGUCGUCUGUUUGCCCAGGCGGUGGCGGCAUAGAAAGGUUGUUGGAUAAGGGUGGAGGGAGUGGGGAGGUGACAGUGUCGUCGUCGUCUGGUGGGUAUAGCGGUGGUCCUACCACAACCACAACGGCUGUGACCGCUUCCGAAGAUUUUGAAGAUAAAGGGGUUAAGAGUGAGGUGGAAGAUCGUAAGAGGAAGCAAAGGGAAAUCAGUGAACCUACUACCCCUACUACCGCCACCGAUCAGGAUGUAGAGCUUGAAGCUGACGAUGAAGAUGAAAAGAAGCAUUCCCGGGGCUCAAAGAGAUCUCGUGCUGCAGAGGUCCAUAAUCUGUCAGAAAGGAGACGCCGUGACAGGAUUAAUGAGAAGAUGAAGGCAUUGCAAGAACUCAUUCCUCGCUGCAACAAGUCAGACAAAGCUUCAAUGCUUGAUGAGGCAAUUGAGUACUUGAAGUCACUGCAAAUGCAAGUUCAGAUGAUGUCAAUGGGAUGUGGAAUGGUUCCAAUGAUGUACCCAGGAAUGCAACAGCAAUACAUGCCACAAAUGGGUUUGGGAAUGGGAAUGGAUAUGGGAAUCAAUCGCCCGAUGAUGCCAUAUCCACCAUCCACCAUACCUGGUUCUAACAUGCAAAUGCAAAACCCUCCUGCAGUAGCAGUAGCAGCAGCAGCAGCAGCAGCAGGGCCUCAAUAUGGUCCAAGAUUCACCAGUUCACCCAUCCGUAUGCCCUCUAUGACCGUUUCCAAUUUAUCUGUAAACCAAGCCAGCAAUCAACCAGAUUCUUCCCGUACCUCAAAUCCUGUUCAAAGUCCCGGCUUGCCACAACUUCCUAACAUGUCUGACCCGUAUCAACAAUACAUGGCUGCCCAACAGAUACAGAUGCAGAUGCAGAUGCAAAUGCAGAUGCAAGCAGCUCAGAACCAAUCAAUUUCCCAACCUGGGUCAAGCAGACCAAGCACUAGUAGAAGUGAAGGCCAACCUGGGUCAAGCAGACCAAGCACUAGCAGAAGUGAAGGGAAACCUGGGUCAAGCAGACCAAGCUCUAGCAGAAGUGAAGGCCAACCUGGGCCAAACACAAGCAAAAAUGAAGCUGAAGAUGAUCAAUGAACAGGUUGAUAUUUCGGAUGGAGAAAUGGCAAAGGAUAUUGCCUACAAAAUUUUGUUAGUUUUUUUCCACCCCAAGUCCGGCUUCAAGCAAUCCACACAGAUCCAUUGAGAGAAACACGAAACUAACAUGUGAAGAAAAACUGUGUGUAAAUGUUAUUCUCUAGAGAUCGAUUUUCGUUUUUGUUGAGCUAUUAGUGACUUGGUUUGCUGGAGUGCAAGUAUCUUACAGUUAGUAGCAAAAAUGAUAAAGGGGGCUUUCUACUGAUGGCAUUGCACCAUAACAAACAACUGACCGAGAGCAGAAUUAAUUGAAAGAUACCAGAUGUUCAGAAUAUGCAGAAAAUUAUCAAGGAUCGCCUUCACACAUCUGUAUUUAUCUUCUCGCUUGACCUAAUUGUUAAUGUUUGAUCAUCUCAAACAUUGAAUAACUUCUUUUUUUAUUACCAUUCGACACCUCCUCAAAAGUGAUAGUCGAAAUUUACAGGGGAAAGACAAACUAUGUUGUAAAUGGAGUUACAUACCAUGUACAGGAUAACUUAUUUUACAAAUUCGAUAUAAACUCAUAUAAGUAUCAUUCA